UGGCUGCCGGCGCAGGGGAGAGACGGUGCAGCGUUGCUGUAAGUUAGUGACUUGCGGGGAGGGAGGGAGGGAGGUAGGGAGGGAGGACCGGUCCAGGACUCCCAGCUACCGAGGACAGCGCACAGCACUCGGCCGCCAACAUGAUGCCCACCGUCGCGAACCAAAUUGAGACCUUAGACAAACGUGUGAAUUCCUUUGUGGACUACAUGUUUGGUGAUAGAGAUCCCAGGGUUAGAGGAUGGCUUAUGUUGGAUUCCUAUUUACCCACAUUCUUCCUUACGCUAUUGUACCUACUGGCUAUAUGGCUGGGAACAAAGUUUAUGAAGGACAGACCUGCAUUCUUCCUCAGGACUCAUUUAAUCAUAUAUAACCUUGGAGUAAUGCUUCUCUCACUCUACAUGUUUAUUGAGCUGAUUCUGUCAUCUUGGGAAGGGGCCUACUACCUGCAGUGUCAAAACCUCCACAGUGCAGGUGAAGUCGACAUCAGGGUGGCUAAGGUGCUGUGGUGGUACUACUUUUCUAAAGCUGUUGAAUUUAUGGACACCAUAUUUUUUGUCUUACGAAAAAAGAACAGUCAAAUUACAUUCCUUCAUGUAUAUCACCAUGCAACAAUGUUCAACAUCUGGUGGUGUGUUCUUAACUGGAUACCCUGUGGUCAAAGCUUUUUUGGUCCUACUUUGAACAGUUUUAUUCAUGUAUUGAUGUACUCGUACUAUGGUCUGUCAACUAUUCCCUCCAUGCAACCUUACCUCUGGUGGAAAAAAUACCUUACUCAGGCACAGCUGGUACAAUUUGUACUCACAAUUACUCACACUGUCAGUGCAGUAGUAAAACCAUGUGGAUUUCCAAUUGGUUGCUUGAUGUUCCAGUCAUCCUACAUGGCUACAUUGGUCAUCUUGUUUGUAAACUUUUAUGUGAAGACAUACAGAAAAACAGUGGUGCAGGAUAACAAGACCAAUGCUGAUGUGAAGGAAAUAAAGAAUGGUUAUUACAAUGGCUACAUAACAGCCAGUAAUGGCAAUACAUCCAAGAAGAAAGAUUAAUAAGUUUGACAGGAACACAGAGUACAAGUGCUGGAAGCAAUCUUAAAAGCAUCUUAAAUGCUGCUCUCUUAAUGCACAGACUAAGAUAUUACUAGAUUCCAGGGCUGUAGUUCAACAUCAAAGACAAUUACUAGUAUGUUAGAAUUUUUAAAGAUAAUUUGUACUUACAGUCAGUUCCAAUCAAUGUUUUAACUUCAGGGUUUAAAUCAAAAAUGGUUUUGUUAAUCAGAUAUAGCUGAUGAAUUUAAAUGACUGUUUAACAUUACAUUUCUAGAACUUGCUUCGAAUUACAGACAGGUCAGAACCUUGGAACAAUUUAUCCUCAUCUGGGAAUAGGGUUUUAAACCAAACAACAUGUCAUUAAUGCCUUAUAGUUAAGGUUGUAAGAAAAUCGUGAUUUUUUUGUCCAAAAGUUACAGUCACAGUGUGUCUGCCUGUUCAAGUUUUGGUUUUGGUGCACAGUUCAAGUACCUACAGCGAGUGUAGCUUCCAUUGGACCAUCCAACUGUCCAUCAGUGCAUCUCAUGCUCUUAGUGGACCAUCCUACCUGGACAUUCACAUGGUCAUCAGGACAGAUCUGCUCCUCAAGUCUGCCCAGGUCCCAUGCCAGUCCAUGUAUGAUUGUCCAAUGAGAGCGUGGGACGGGUUGAUGGACAAGCAGAUGGUCCAACACCAAACUAAAUUUGUAUAGCGUCUUACAUUUCGAGAGGAUGUCCCAAGGCGCUGGACAGUCAAGGAUUUGUACCCGAGCUGCAGGUGGGGAUGAGGCCAGGAGAGACUUGUAGGAGGGUGAAAGCGCAGUUGAAGAGGAAGGUCUUCAGACGGGCCUUGAAGAAGGUAAUGGAGAAGGCAAGCGAAGGAGCUGUGGGAUAGAGUUACAACGGGUGGGGCAGAGAGGCUAAAUGCCCACCCGGAUGGAUAAAGUGGAGCUGUCCAAAAUCUGCUGAGUGGAGGGAGUGGACAGGUCAGUAUGGAGGUUGCAAGUCACAGAG